AUGAAGGCUGAGCACCCCUACACCGCGCUGGGUGGCUCCCAGUCUCGUGGGAGAGCACUGGAGGUGUCGACAUCGGAGAUGGAGCCGUCGAGAGCUGCCUUCCUCCAGAGCCAGGUGGAGGUGGCAGAGGAGGAGGAGGAGUAUGCGGGUCUGUGCCACCCUGAGUGUGGUGACCAGGGCUGCGAUGGCCCCAACGCCGACCAGUGCUUGAACUGCAUCCACUACAGCCUGGGCAGUGUGAAAACCGGCAGGAUGUGUGUGAGCUCGUGCCCCGCGGGGUUUUUCGGGGACAAAGGGGCCCGGAGGUGCCGCCGGUGCUACAAGGGCUGCGAGCGCUGCGUCGGGAGGGGACCGACCCAGUGCACGGCGUGCAAGCGGAGCCUCUACUACCACCAGGAGAUGGGCACCUGCGUGGUGCUGUGUCCGCCCGGGUUUUACGCCGAGGAACGUCAGAAACGCUGUCUGAAAUGUCAUCAAAGCUGUAAAAAAUGUGUCAGCGAAGCAGACAAAUGUACCGCAUGCAAAGAUGGAUUCAGCCUGGCAGGAGAGAGCUGCGUGCCGGAGUGCCAGCCUGCCAUGUACCUCAGCUGGGAGCCCCGGAGGUGUGAGACCUGCCCCGCCAGCACAGGGCCCGGUGAGGAAAACUGUGCACCCUGCACCCCCGAGGCCCCUGCACCCCACUGGCGCUGCGUCCCCGCCUGCCGCGAGGGCUUCUACCCCGCCGACAGCCACGGGCUGCCCAACAAAGUCUGCAAGAGGUGUGAUGACCACUGCUCGGCCUGCGAGGGCUCCAGUGGGAACUGCCUCAAGUGUAAAGAAGGUUUCAGCCUCCUCGGCGGCUCCUGUGUGACAAAUGAAACCUGCACCAACGCUGACAAGACUUUCUGUGAGAUGGUGAAAUCAAACAAGCUCUGUGAAAAGAAGCUGUUUGUGCAGUUCUGCUGUCAGACGUGUCUUAUGGCCGGGUAA